GUGAUAUUGUACCGUAAGAUUGGUCGAGAGAGCUGCAAAGCUAUCGAUCAUCAACUUUGCAGCUCUCCCAUAUCAACAAAAGCAUCUCUCGAGCAAUGUGGUAGGCAUGGGUUACUUCAGUGCCGUAGCGCCUUGGUACUCGAGACAUUAUUUCUACCCCUUCUAACUGUGAAAAAAUAAGAGCACUUUUUGUCCUUGAACCGACAACCAUAUUGUUGAAUUAGUCGAGAGGACUACAAACUAUCGAACAACAACUUUAGAAAGCAAUCAAUCAACAACUUUGCAAUCUCUUAUAUCAAUACAAGCAUCUUUCGAGCAAUGUGGUAGGCAUGGGUUACUUCAGUACCAUAGCACCUUGGUACUCGAGACAUUUGUUCUACCCGUCUUACCCUAAAAAAGUAGGAGCACCUUUAGUCCUUGAACCGAUAACCAUACCGCUGAAUUAGUCGUCAUGACUAUAAAGCUAUUGAACAACAAUCUUCCAACCAAUUCUAUAGUGCCACAUGGCUCGAAAUAAUCCGUUCAAAGUCACAUAUUCUAGAUAUGUGUAUGUAUAGCAUUUUUAUUUAUUAAUUAAUUUAUUUUUAAGAGAAAAUCCAAGAUCAUGUGAUGUAAGAUGCCAAGUACAAAAAAAGACAAAGAUAUGAAAAUUAAUCUAAUGAAGAAAUCAACAAUUUUGAUAUCAAUAUCGAAAUUAGAUUCUUAUAAAUUAAAUGAAUAGGGCGAAUCAUCAAACUAUCAAGACCUGGCCCAUCAUUCAAAAAAUAUAAUAUAUAUCUAAACUUUUGAAAUAUUUACAUAAAGAAAAAAAGAGGGAAGCCAUAGCCAUGGGAGAAAGCUUGAUGAGAAAACAAGAAGAAGAACAAAAUUUGGAAAAGGGUUUGUUAGAAAAUGAGAAAAGAGAGGAGAAAGUUGAGUUCUUUAGGGAUUUUAUUGAAGAAUUGAAGCUGUUAGGUUACAUUGCAGGUCCUAUGGUGGCUGUGAAUUUAUCACUUUAUUUUCUACAAAUAAUUUCUCUUAUGAUGGUUGGUCAUCUUGGUAAGCUUUAUCUUUCAAGUACUGCCAUAGCCAUCUCCAUUGGUGCUGUUUCUGGCUUCAGUUUCCUUUUUGGAAUGUCUGGUGCAUUGGAAACUCUCUCUGGACAAGCAUAUGGAGCAAAGCAAUAUCGUAAACUCGGGACUCAAACCAACACUGCAAUUCUCUGCCUCAUUUUAGUAUGUAUCCCUCUAUCUCUAGUAUGGUUCUACAUGGAAAAUAUUCUCAUACUCAUUGGCCAAGACCCCCAUAUUUCAAGAGAAGCAGGCCAAUUCUUGUUAUGGCUUAUCCCUGCACUUUUCGCUUAUGCAACACUUCAACCACUCAUUCGGUAUUUUCAAUCACAAAGCUUGAUCAAACCCUUGCUAGUGAGCUCAUGUGUUUCGAUUUGUUGUCAUGUACCUCUUUGUUGGACCUUGGUAUUCAAAUGCGGAUUACAACAUUGUGGAGCUGCAAUUUCUAUCGGUAUAUCAUAUUGGUUGAAUGUGAUUUUACUCGUUUUGUACAUGAAAUUUUCUUCUUCAUGUAAAAGUACUCGAGUUCCAAUUUCUCCCGAGCUUUUUCAAGGAUUUGGAGAGUUUUUUCGGUUUGCUAUUCCUUCUGCUGCUAUGAGUUGCCUCGAGUGGUGGUCUUUUGAGAUAAUAACUUUGUUGUCUGGUCUUCUUCCGAAUCCUCAGCUUGAAACUUCUGUUUUAUCUGUAUGUAUGUCUACUAUUGCAACACUCUAUACAAUACCAGAAGGACUUGGUUCAGCUGGAAGCACUAGAGUUUCGAAUGAAUUAGGUGCAGGCAAACCAAGAGCAGCUCGUCUUGCAGUUGGUGCUGUCAUGUUUCUUUCCGUCUCAGAAUCCAUUAUCGUAAGCUCAGCUCUGUUUGCUGGCCGAAAAGCAUUCGGUUACCUCUUUAGCAAUGACAAGGAAGUUGUGGAUUAUGCAAUGAACAUGGCUCCUCUAGUUUGUCUAUCUGUCAUAUUUGACAGUUUACAUGCUACUCUUUCAGGCAUUGCUAGAGGGUGUGGAUGGCAAGAUUUGGGGGCAUUUGUGAAUCUUGGAGCAUACUAUUUGGUUGGAAUUCCUGUUGCUGCAGCAUUGGGUUUUUGGUUCGAUUUGAGAGGAAAAGGCCUUUGGAUUGGAAUUGUUGUUGGUUCUUUCUUACAAGCAUUUUUGCUUUCUUUGAUAGCAGUAUGUACCAAUUGGGAUGAAAAGGCAAAAAUGGCAAGGAAGAGGAUAUUUGAGGAUAGUACUACUUCACUAAGCUAGGGUUUCUUUGCCUUGGAGUGCAAGUAAUUUUUGUUAGAGAAUUUUUUUUGGUACCAUUUAUUAAUUUCUUUGGCUAUGUAUAAAGUAGCUCUACAUGAAGGCAUUUCUUCAUCAAUUUUGGCUCUUUGUUUGUCUUAAAAUAAUUUUUUGAUUAGAUACUCAAAUAGACAUGAAUAAUCAUUCGAGUUAUUCCUCUUAUAAGUUAAUUUUUUUUUUUUAUUUAUUAUUAUUAGUAAUAGCUUGUUUCUUA